AUGAACAAUUUUGAACAGUAUGAUUUAGAGUUGGUGUUUGUGAAGAACUCACACGAUUUUCUCCAUGAGUAUAUAAAGAAACAAGAGUUUGUAGAACUCAUGAGAAGGCUUGGUGCUUUAGGUGAUGGUAACCAAAACCAGAUUUUAUUCUAA